AUGUCUCCUCUUGCUGUGCAGAUGGAUGAUUCAAAUAGAGAGGAUUUCGAGAAACUCGAGAACGAGUGGAAAGAAGCAAAGCGAGAAGCUCGAAUCGAAGCGGAGUGGAACCCAGUACUCUCACCCGCUCAUCGCGUGCCAAUGGACACAUCAACCCCAAAUCGAGCAGUUAAUGGCACUGCGGAGACUAGUGCGACGAUGCCUGCAAAAGCUGCGGCGCAUGGAGCCCAGCCUGGAUAUGGUCCUCACAAACGCACAACGUCUUCAGGUCUAACGGUCCCGCUUAACGCGUAA